AUGGUGGGACAAGAGGAUCUGGUACAGUAGGAGAUUCAGUAAGACUGGAUGAACCGGGAGUACAUUGAGAAAAUCACCAGUAGCAUCAAGAAAAUUGCAGACUUUCUCAACUCAUUUGAUAUGUCUUGUUCAAGAUUUGUAACACUAAGGGAGAAAUUGACAGCCCUUGAACAGAGAAUAGAGUACAUUGAAACAUUGGUGACAAAAGGUGAGAUGCUCACCUAGAACAGUGCCAUGCUGCUGCUGGGAAGUUGCUUUACAGAACACAUGCCACGUGAGAAAGGACCCAGCAGCCUUCAGCUCCUUCCUUUCCCCUUAAAGAGCAACAGGGCUUAUUUUUUCUUUUUUCAAAAGUGUUGCCUUUGGGUUCCUUUGGUUUCUUCCAUGUACAUCUGAGGAUGCAAUGUAGUAUGUGAGAAGUCAGAAGAACUCUUGAAAACAACAUUAGGUAUUUUUCCUUUCCAGUAACAUUUUGUAGAUCUACUUGUCAAUGUAUUUGAGACAUUCACAGUCAAAAGCAUGGGACCCUUUGUGAAAGUCCUGCCCACCCCUGUCUUUCCUUUCUCUCUCAGACUUUCUUUAAAGUUAUCAUUGCUUCUGUACUGCUUAUAUGAACAGUCUUUUCCUCCUCCACACCUUUGGUGAGAAGUGGGGGGCAGUCCUAGCCAAGACACUCAUGCCCUGGCAAUGUGACUACCAGAGAAUGUUGUUGCUAACCCACCAGUUUCCUGUUGAUUUGGGGAGGUCAAGGCCAGGCCCCCACUAGGCUUGAAGGAACAUUUUCAGAUGUUUCUUUCUGUCACUUGGGGUGUCUGUGCCUCUCAAAUUUCCCUAAUAAACUCCUCAACUUU